AAACGGCAAAAUGUUUAUUUAAUCUUGCAAAUGUUGGAAAAAAAUCUUUUCAUGUAAAACCUUUCUUUUCAAAGAGACCUGCUUCUUCUUUUUCCCCCGCCGGAGAAAGAGGUAUAGGGCUUAGGGGAGACUCGGAAAGCUCAUCAAAAGCAUCAAUUUUUCUCUCGGCGAAAAACCAAGAAGAGGUGGUAUUUCGGUGCAGUGUUGUUGCUGUGGAUACACUCUUAAAAUGUCGACAGGCAUUGGACUCGAGUCUCUUGUUGAUCAGACGAUUUCGGUAAUCACGAAUGAUGGACGCAACAUCGUGGGUGUACUCAAAGGUUUUGAUCAGGCUACAAAUAUCAUCCUUGAUGAAUCUCAUGAGCGCGUCUUUUCCACCAAGGGUUUAAUGACAUGUGAAGCUCCUUUUCCUUUCAAAAGGAUGCUGAUUUUUGAAAGAGGAGAUCACAAGGUCAUGUUGAUACAGUGCUACAGUCGAUGUCCUUGUAAAAAAAUGGAAGGAGUGCAGCAACUUGUCUUGGGUUUGUACAUCAUCAGAGGCGACAACAUAAGCGUUAUCGGGGAGCUGGAUGAGGAGCUUGAUGCUAGUCUGGAUUUCUCAAAGCUUAGAGCUCAUCCUCUGAAGCCUGUUGUCCAUUGACUGGUAACAAAGUUCAUGUGGUUAUCAAACAUGUGAUAUUAUUGCAUAUGGGAAAGCCAAGUGAACAGAAGAGUGACAGUUUGUUUGUUUGAAAUCCUAUAGCUUUGUGAAUCCUAGAGACUAGUGGAUUGAUUUAGAUUACAACAAAUGACCAUCCCAUGUUAGGUCCAAGAUCUGUUUCAAGAAUGUUUUUACAGAAAUUAAAAUAGGGAAAUUAUUUUCUCAAUCAAA